AUGCCGCCUGCCAAGAAAGCAGAAUUUCUGCGCUCUCUACGAGAAGCUAGAGCUGCGAAGAAAAAACAGAGCCUUUUCCUGUCUCGUGUUCAAAAGAUUCUGCCUACUGCUGUGGAACCUUCUGUUUGUUUCUCAUAUAGUCAUGAUAAACCUUCUGACACUCAUGCUCAAGCUGAUGUGCUUUCUAAUGCACUACAAAAUGGAGAAUGCUUGGUUCCAGUCGAUAGUGUUAUUACAGAUAAUCGACAGCUGCCCUGCAUUUCUUCUGCUGUACCUAAUUUCUUCGAUGAUCAUGCUUCGUCAUCUUCUUCUUCUAGGAAAAAAACAACUUCCAGUGAUGCUAUAUCCCUUAAUAAAGAACCCUCUUCUUUCCCAAGGAGAGAGUUUAAUCAACUUGCAGCAAAUUGUUCUCGCCAGGCAAGGAGAAAAAAAAGGAACGAUUCCCUUGAUCCAUUGCCUAGCCUUUCUGAGUAUAGCAAGAAGCGUGGUAGUGUUUCCGCCGUGAGAACAGAAAAUGCAGGUUCAUCGGAUGAUAGAGCAUCUGGGAUUCAGCUCUACUUUUUUGACACUGAUGAAGAAUUAGCAAAGAGGAUUGCUGCAUCUGAUAAGUUGCGAGAAAGCACUUUAAGACUCCUUAUGCGCAUUCUUAGCGACAAUCCUUAUGCUAAAUUCUUCAAAAAUUUAAGGCAUGUUCCAAACAUUAACAACCUUAGCAUUGUGCUUAAUUGUUAUCCCACCCUUGAUCAACGGGUUUAUAAUCUGCCUUCUGCCUCCCAAGUUGCAGCGAUAUGGACUGAAAAUCAAGAUGAAACCGGUCAUACGGGAGCUCAUAUUCAGGUUUAUGCGCAUUCAAAUAGCAACUACAAAAUUAAACAUUACUAUGGCUGCUAUGAUCCAUUACAAUACCCUCUUCUUUUUCCACGUGGCGAAUGCGGAUGGCACCCUGGGAUUAAAAGAGCCCAAAAAAGAAAGAGAAAAGAUGAUUAUUGUGAGGAAGACAUCGAUAUUCAUCCAUCUUCAGUUAAUUCUGCAUCAGCCUUAAUGGAACGGGAACAAAGAGCUGCUGAUUGUGCAAAAAAUGAGGAAAACACGGUGUCAGCUAGAGAAUACUAUUGUUACAGAUUUCAGAUGAGGGACAGUGAUGAUUCAAUGUUGUUGCACUCGCUUAGAUUAUUGCAGCAGUAUGCAGUAGAUGGUUAUGUUAAGAUUGAGACGUCUAGGCUUGAUUUUCAUAGAAAUCGCCAAAACAACAUUCGUUCUGAGGUCCUCCAAGGAGUCCUGGACAGUAUUUGUAUAGGCCAGACCAGUGCUUCUAAAGUUGGCCGUCGAACGAUAUUACCAGCUUCUUUUAUAGGUGGACCAAGGGACAUGAGACGGCGAUAUCUUGAUGCAAUGUCUCUUGUGCAAAAAUAUGGAAAACCAGACAUCUUUCUUACUAUGACCUGCAACCCAGCAUGGAAGGAAAUUCAGGAUAAUUUAAAGUACCACGAAAAGCCUCAGGAUAGACCGGAUCUUCUGGCUAGAGUCUUUAGGGCCAAAUUUGAAUUGCUUAAAUCAGAAAUUUUGAACAAGCAAAUUUUUGGUGAAGUUGCAGCGUAUGUCUAUGUGAUAGAGUUCCAAAAAUGUGGCUUCCCCCAUGCUCAUCUACUAUUAAUUUUGAAGCCUGAAUACAAACUCCUAAAUCCGGAGUCAUAUGAUAGAAUAGUUUGUGCUGAAAUACCUGAUCGUUCUAAGCAUCCUCAUCUAUAUUCCCUUGUUGUAAAGCACAUGAUUCAUGGUCCUUGUGGCGAUCUGGAUAGAACUUGUCCUUGUAUGAAAGAUGGUCAUUGUAGAUAUCACUAUCCUAAGACCUUUUGUGCCCAAACGAGUCAUGCUGAAGAUAGUUAUCCGCAAUAUAGAAGAAGAGAUGAUGGUACAAAAAUAAAGGUCCGAAGGCAUACUCUUGAUAACAGAUGGGUUGUCUCUUAUAGUCCCUAUCUGUUAGCUACAUUUGACUGUCACAUUAAUGUAGAAAUUUGCUCGACUGUUAAAUUGGUGAAGUACAUGUAUAAGUAUGUUUUCAAAGGACAUGAUUCAGUCAGUUUUAGGAUAGUUUCGUACCGUACUCCUGAUGACACUGAUGAGAUAAGAGAAUUUCAGCAAGGUAGAUGGAUUUCGCCCCCUGAGGCGUUUUGGCGUAUCUUUGAAUUUCGCUUGAGCGAAAUCAGUCUAGCAGUCUAUACUCUUCAGAUCCACCUCCCGGACCAGCAGUUUGUUUCAUUUGACAAAAAUUCAGACCUGCUGCAAUUAUUGAGCAAAGUUGAUUUUUCAAAAACCAUGUUAACUGAAUUUUUUUAUAUGAACAAAAUGCAUGUGGUUGCACAGAAUCUUAAAUGUCUUUACAGGGAAUUCCCUCAAUACUUUGUUUGGUCUCCUAAAUAUAAGAAAUGGACUGAAAGAAAGCGUCGAAAAGUGAUAGGUAGAAUGGUCACUGUUAGUCCAGCGGAUGGAGAAAGAUACUACCUUAGACUACUUCUGAAUCAUGUUCAUGGCCCGACUUCCUUUGAUCAUAUUUUGACGGUUGCUAAUCAAAAGCUGAAUUCCUUUAGAGAAGCUGCUUUAGCAUUAGGACUCUUGCAAUCCGAUACUUACAUAGAGGAUACGCUUCAAGAAGCUGUGACCUUUCAGAUGCCGUCUUCCUUAAGAUUACUAUUUGCUACUCUGCUUGUCCAUUGUUCUCCUGUAAAUCCUCAGCUACUGUGGGAAAAAUUCCAACAUGAACUGUCUGUAGAUUACCAACGACAAUGCUCAUUUUCUGUCCUUACUGGUUCACAGAUCAGGACAAGGGUUCUACAGGACAUUAAUAGGUCAUUGGAGCAAAUGGGAAAGCGAAUUACUGAUUACCAAUUAGUUUCACUUGGUUUUGAUUCUUGA